CAAUAAAAUAUUGCCUUUAUCUCUCUCGUUUCACUGUUCAGAGAUUCAGAACUGGAGUGGAGGGAAGCGAGAGGAAGAGAUGACAAGUAUACAGUUCUUCCCUCCUCUAUCUUCUCUUAUUAGAGACCAUAAUUUUCGUUCCACUCCCAUCCGAUUAUUCUCUCCCUUUAACAGCUCUAAGUCCACUGCCAUCAAUUCCGUAUCUGUAAACAAGAAUCCUCUUUUGAGACAAUCCCAAUUCACGUUCUUCGCGAAAAACCCUAGUCUUAUAAGGUUUAAGCUCUCUUAUCGCGGAAUUGGUUCGCCAAGAAUCAGUUGUAAUGGAAUCAAAGACGCCAGCGAAGAUACCAAACCAGUACUGAAGUUGGAGGGCGGUGGUGGCAGCGAUGGGGAUGGAGAUGGAGGAGAAGACGGUGAUGAUGGUAGUAAACCUGACCAGAAAAGUGGUCCUUUGCCCGAAUGGUUGAAUUUGACCUCAGAUGAUGCUAAGACGGUUUUUGCUGCACUUGCGGUGUCUCUUGCUUUCCGAACGUUUAUAGCCGAGCCUCGCUUCAUUCCUUCUUUGUCUAUGUACCCGACAUUCAAUGUUGGAGACCGACUCGUUGCUGAAAAGGUUUCGUACUAUUUCAGAAAGCCAUGUCCGCAUGAUAUUGUGAUUUUCAAAAGCCCGCCAGUGUUGCAGGAGGUAGGAUAUACUGAUGGAGAUGUUUUUAUCAAACGUAUUGUUGCGACGGAAGGAGAUGUUGUAGAGGUUCAUGACGGAAAGUUGAUAGUAAAUGGGGUUGCAACAAGUGAAGAUUUCAUCCUCGAGCCACCUUCAUAUGAUAUGACCCCUACCCGGGUACCUGAGAACUCAGUCUUUGUAAUGGGGGACAACCGCAACAACAGUUAUGAUUCUCAUAUAUGGGGUCCUCUUCCAACCAAGAAUAUUAUAGGGAGAUCAAUUCUUCGGUAUUGGCCCCCUAAAAGGAUUGGCAGCACAGUUCUUGAGGGUGGCUGUGCUGAUAAAAAGCAGGAGAGCCCAGCAUCCUAAUGAUGACCUAGCCUCUAUGCAUUAGGGGGCACUGGCAAUGCUUUUGCGGUCGUUGGUGUUAUCCAUUUGUUAUAACUUUGUAGACCAGAUACUUGACUUCUUUUCUCCACACCCACCAGGUGGUCAGAGAGAGCAAAAGGGAAAGGGAAGCAAAGAAGCCAUUUUAUCAUCAAGGUUUCUUUUAUUUAAUGUAGCCUUUUGUUUCAUCAUGUAAACUGGC